AAACAAAAACGAGAGAAGAGAAAAAAGAGCCAGCCAACAACAACAGCAACACGUUCAAAGUGAAGGUCAACGUCACAACAACGACAACAACUCUGGCUGCCGCAUAUUCAGCAAUUCACGGCGAACCUUGGAGCUAGCAUAAUGAUAAUGAUGACCACCACCUCCAGUACCUCUUCUUUAUCCUGCUCCGCUCAGCGGCAGCAUUGGCUAGUUCUCUUGGCGCUGUUCAUCUUUGUGGCCAGUGUCUUGAGCACGGAGAGCUCAAUGCCUACCCAGAAUAUGUCGCACAAAGAGAGAACCGAAUUAAAGGAAGAGGCACGUGAGAUGUUCUAUCACGCCUAUCGCGCUUAUAUGGAGAAUGCCUAUCCAGCAGAUGAGUUGAUGCCUCUCUCAUGUAAGGGACGAUAUAGAGGAGUGACACCCUCACGUGGUGACAUGGAUGACAUUUUGGGAAACUUCUCCAUGACUUUGGUGGAUACAUUGGACACUUUGGUUCUACUUGGAGAUUUCGCUGAGUUCGAACAUGCCGUAAAAUUGGUCAUAAGGGAUGUUCAAUUCGAUAGUGAUAUUAUUGUCUCCGUAUUCGAGACGAAUAUUCGUAUGGUGGGUGGCCUUCUGUCUGCCCACAUACUUUCGGAGUAUUUGCAAAAGCAAGCCGAUGUCAUGCAUUGGUACAAAGGAGAGUUACUGGAAAUGGCCCGCGAACUGGGUUAUCGUUUAUUGCCUGCAUUUAAUACCUCAACGGGUAUACCACAUGCUCGGGUUAAUCUCCGACUGGGCAUGAAGGAUCCGCAACUGAAGGUAUCGCGUGAGACUUGUACAGCUUGUGCGGGGACAAUACUAUUGGAGUUUGCUGCCUUGUCACGGUUAACAGGAGAUCCCAUUUUUGAGGUGCGUGCACAUGCUGCUAUGGAUGCAUUGUGGAAAUUACGUCAUCGUGGAUCCGAUCUCAUGGGCACUGUGUUGAAUGUGCAUUCCGGUGAUUGGGUGCGACGCGAUUCGGGUGUGGGUGCUGGAAUUGAUAGCUACUAUGAGUAUUUAUUCAAAUCGUAUGUCCUGCUUGGCGAUGACAAGUAUUUGGCGCGAUUUAAUCGUCACUACAAUGCCGUCAUGAAGUAUGUGAGUGAGGGGCCAAUGCUUCUGGAUGUUCUUAUGCAUAGACCUCAUGCCAAGUCCAGAAAUUUCAUGGAUUCACUGCUGGCCUUUUGGCCGGGAUUGCAAGUGCUAUCUGGUGACUUAAAGCCAGCAGUGCAGACACAUGAAAUGCUCUACCAGGUCAUGCAGAUGCAUACACUUAUCCCAGAGGCAUUUACUGUCGAUUUCCAAAUCCAUUGGGGUCAACAUCAUUUGCGUCCCGAAUUUAUUGAGUCUACUUACUUUCUGUAUCGAGCAACUGGCGAUCAUCAUUAUCUUCAAGUGGGCAAACGGGCAUUGAAAACCCUCCAGCAAUAUACGAAAGUCGCCUGUGGCUAUGCCGCAGUCAGUGAUGUCCGUACUGGCAAACAUGACGAUCGCAUGGAUUCAUUUGUACUCUCCGAGACAUUUAAAUAUCUCUAUUUACUCUUUUCGGAGCCACAGGAUCUUAUUAUCAAUGUGGAUGAGUUUGUCUUCACUACCGAGGCUCAUUUGCUGCCGCUUUCCAUUGCUCAACUAGGGAAUUCUACGUUUAGCUUUCGCCAAUCGGACGAUCAUAACGUACUCGACUUCAUGCGCACCUGCCCCAGUUCCAAUAAGCUUUUUCCUGAAAAAGUACGCAAACCAUUGCGCAACUUCAUUACGGGCUCGUGCCCGCGCACCACAGGCAGCGGGAGUGGUGGCAAGCGACUCAGCGCCUUGGAUUUUCAGGCAAGCAAUGCGGAUCAUUUGCGAGCUGUUUACGACAUGGGCAUCACCAUGGUAUCAGUAGGGGAUCGCAGUCAAGGCAAGGUGCGACUGUUUCAUAGUUUCUAUAAUGCAAAGAGUCACGAAGAGGGCGAAAUGGGCUUGCAGUUUAUGCAGGAGAUGCUAGAGUUGACCAAAUUGCAGAGCAUGAAUCAAUUGGCUCAACUGCAGGUGCGUAGCAAAUACAAGGAUUUGACCAUGGCUGUGGCCUUUGCCCUUGAUGAACAUUUGCAGGAUUGGACUGCCCUGAUGGCAGGACCAUCGCAUUUUAGUCCCGAACUAAUUGGCGAACAAUUUGUAGAGGGUGAUCUGGUGCUGGCCAAACCCAUACGGGCCUGCAAUGAGAAGCUCACAAAUGCCGAGGAGGUCAAGGGGAAAAUUCUUGUGGCCGAGCGUGGGGAUUGCACAUUUGUGAGCAAGGCUCGAUUAGCCCAACAAGCCGGAGCUACGGCUCUUAUUGUCUGUGAUAAUGUACCAGGUUCUUCCGGCGAAACGCAACCAAUGUUUGCCAUGUCCGGCGAUGGCAACGAUGAUGUUCUUAUACCUGUUGUCUUUAUGUAUAGCCUUGAAUUUGGCAAACUGUCGACGGCCAUGCAAAGAAGGCCGCAAACGCCGCUGCGUGUCCGUAUCAUGCAGAUGGUCGAAUUUAAGCGAUGGCAAUUGGCCAAGGAGGCACAUCAAAACGAGACGGCAGCAACAACUGCAACAACACAAAAGCCUGACAAGGAAUUGUAGUGGCAACUCUAUAAUUACCAUGGCGGCGACUCUUAAUUCUAAUGUGGUUCUCCUUUAUAUACAUAUAUAUAUAUAUAUAUAUAUCAAACAAAAUUUA